UUUAAAUUAUCUCGAACAUUCCCACGGCUGAACUUGUCCUACUUCCCGUAAACACACUUCAUGAAUCACCGCCGACAUCCUUAACAUCUCUGACUUCGAACAUCCUUAUUCAUCUCAUCCUACGCAAAUCACCUUCUGGGAAAACUACAGGUUUCCCUUCUCUAUCAUGAAGUCUUCCAUCACUCUCGUUCUCGCCGCUCUGCUACACAGCAGUUCAGUAAUCGCUCUGAGUCGAUGUGCGACCACAGGCAGCUCAGGUGGCUUGGCUUUGGCCGCACAGAUGCGCGAAGAUGAGAUGUUUGGUCGAGUCAAUGACUCCGUAAUGGACGCAAAAAUUACUAUUCCGACGGUGUUCCACGUUAUUUAUGACACUGAUGAGCCGUCUUCACCAAAUGUGAGUCCUUUUCCGUCCUUGUUCCAUCAGCAUUUCUUUGUCUUUCGGGUUUUGUCAACAUUUGUGUGCACGGAGCCAUUUUGCCUAUUCUGCCCUCGAAGUCUUUCUCAAUUGGCUCUCCAUGUGACCAUACUAAACCGAAAGUUGAUUAUUUGACUGUACAGGAUAAGCGCCUCAAAGACCAACUGAAGGUCCUGAAUGACGAGUACGAGCCCGCGGGAUUUUCAUUUGACCUCAUCAAUACAACGCGAACGAAAAAUUCCAGAUGGGCCAAA